UUCCUCUUUAAUCAAAUUAAAUCACAUAUUCCUCACUUUCAAUACCACUAAUUAAUUUCAAGAAGAAGAGAUAGUUGGAUAUUGUAGGUAUGGGGAGAGGAAAGAUAGAGAUAAAGAGAAUAGAGAACUCAAGCAACAGGCAAGUGACUUACUCCAAGAGAAGAAAUGGGAUCAUUAAGAAAGCUAAAGAGAUCACAGUUCUUUGUGAUGCCAAGGUUUCCCUUAUCAUUUUUGGUAAUUCUGGCAAGAUGCAUGAAUAUUGUAGCCCUUCUACUACGAUAGCUGAUAUGCUUGAUGGGUAUCAAAAAACUUCUGGGAGGAGGCUAUGGGAUGCUAAGCAUGAGAACUUGAGCAAUGAAAUUGAUAGAAUCAAGAAAGAGAAUGACAGUAUGCAGGUUAAGCUCAGGCACCUUAAAGGAGAAGAUAUCAAUUCUCUGAACCACAAAGAGCUUAUGGUUAUGGAAGAAGCCUUACAAAAUGGGCUUUCUAGCAUCAGUGCCAAACAGUCUGAGAUCUUGAGGAUGGUCAGGAAAAAUGACCAAAUUCUGGAGGAGGAACAUAAGCAACUUCAAUAUGCUUUGCACCAAAAGGAGAUGGCAGCCAUGGGCGGAAACAUGAGAGUAAUUCAAGAAGAAGUGUACCAUCAAAGAGACAGAGAUUACGAGUACCAGAUGCCCUUUGCCCUGCGAGUUCAGCCAAUGCAGCCAAACCUACAUGAAAGAAUGUAGCGUUAAUAUUAAUUCCACUAUCUGCAGUUUAACUAAAGGAUCCUUAGUAAUUUAGGGUUUGUACUGGAAGACUAAUUAACGCCAGUUAUAUGGUGAACUAGCAUAGACUUUUCAUGUGGAAAUUACCUAAUGGUUGUACUGAAUAUUGAAGGGCUCUCCCUAUGGUUUUAAGUGCUAAAAAUGUAAUUCAUAUAUAUAUGUUUGUGCACUGCUAUAUGUAAAUGGCGUUUGGUCAUUAUAUUACUACUUUGUUGUUGUUUU